AUCGGACUCAAAGACCAUAUAAGAGCGCGUUUCUUUGUGGCAGAUAACCUCCGCAUAUAUUCUCUGGAAGCUGCUUAAAACACAACUUUUACACCUUUUAACAACAGGAGAAGCCUAUAUGACUGAUCGGGGAGGUCGAGGACAAGGUCCGAGAGGAGGAGGCGGGAGAGGCCGCGGAGGUUUCAGCGAUAGGGGACGUGGAAGCCCGAGCCCCGUUAGAGGUGCGCCUCCCCGUGGAGGACGAGGAUCGCCGGCGCCAGCCGGAAGAGGUGGACCUCCUGCACCGCCCGUGCAGCCUUUGAACCUACCUCCAGCUAAUAUUGAUGCGAGACUCUCCUCGAGCGCCAUGGACAGCCUUGUCAGUGGCCUCUCUAAACUGAAAAUAACGCACGGUGAACAGCCUCCCACCCGUCCCGACUUUGGCAAAGUUGGGACUCCGAUCAAGCUUCGGGCCAACUACUUUCCGUUGACCAAACUUCCUGAAAAGUUGUAUGAAUAUGAUCUAAAGACCACACCCGCUGUUGGCGCUCGAAGAGUGAAGAGGAGGAUCUACGAGCUGCUUGAGAAAUCUGUGGCAUUCUCUCCCUAUGCACGGUACAGUGCACACGACGGCAGUGCCAAACUGAUAUCUGCCACGCCGAUUCCCAUGGAUGCCGAUGGUUAUAUGACCAUCGUCGUGAAGCAUUAUGACGAGGAUGCCUCCGAAGAUGAUCCAACGUCGAAAGCCUACGAAGUUACAAUCACCUUUGUGAAAGAGCUCGAUAUUGCUGAUAUGCAGAAAUACGUUCGUGGGGACCCUGAUAUGGUUUCCUAUGAUAUUAAUCCUGGAACGGCGGCUUUGAAUAUUUUGCUGGCCAAGUUCGCGACGCAUAAUGGAGGUAUUAACGUGGGAAAGAAUCGCUACUUCUUCCCUAUUAGGACUCAAAAUGAGGCAAAUUAUCUGGGAAACUCCAGAUUGCUCGUCGCAUAUCGCGGAUUCUUCUCUUCCGUGCGUCCUGUUUACAAUCAACUUGCGGUAAAUUUGAAUGUCGCGACGACUGCGUUCUACGCUCCGGGGAACUUGGGCAAUGCGCUAAUGGCGUUCUACGGUGCGCGAGGAGGCAAUGCCAACCACUUCAUAUAUGGUUUGCGAGUGAAGACAAUUCAUCUUGGCUAUAAGAAGACUGUUCGUCGAGUGGGCAGCAAAAGUGCAACGGAUGCUGUAUUUACUCAUGAGAAGUGGGGGAAGAUUUCCGUUUCCACCUAUUUUAAGAAACAAUAUAAUAUUACCCUCAAGUAUCCCAGCGAGCUCCCACUUCUGGAUAUCGGAACUAAGGACAAGGCUAACAUGGUUCCUGCAGAGUUAUGCGAUAUACUGCCCGACCAACCUUAUCGCGGAAAGCUAUUGGCCGAUCAGACUCGAGACAUGAUCGAUGUAGCGUGCCGCUCACCUGCCGAAAACCAGAGGGUUAUACUUCAAGCUGGCUUGGCCAAAAUGGGCUUUGUUCCAUCCCCUGAUAGCAGCCUCAACGCAAUUGGCAUCUUGUUGGGACAAGAGAUGGCUGUUGUCCCAGGUCGUGUCCUUCCUCCUCCACAGAUCAAGUAUUUGGGAAAUCAUCCUACACAAAUUCGGGACUCUGCUUGGAAUAUGAAGGAUGUUAAGUUUGUGGUAGCAGCCCCUCUCCGUAAUUGUAUGGCACUGUCAAUUGGUGUGGGAGGAAGGUCUGAGUUCAGUGGUAAGGAUGACCCCGAAUUGGGCAGGUUACUGAACGAGUUCACUGACACGUGCGGCAAAUGCGGUAUGAACAUCUCGAACGUUCGUUGGACCAAGCACCACAUCAAUGUUCCACCCAACGAUCCCGGGAAAAAAAACUCAAAGGUCGCCAUCGAAAGAACGCUCAAGUCUGGCUCCAAGCCAGACAUUGUGCUCGUGAUACUCGGUAGCGAUGAUAAGGCGUUGUACGCUGCCAUCAAAUAUCUGUGCGAUGUGCAACUGGAUGUCUUAACAGUGUGCGUCGUCGCCAGCAAAUUCCGAAGGGCUGGAGGGGCCCUUCAGUACCAGGCGAAUGUUGCUCUAAAGCUAAACGUUAAAUUGGGGGGCACCAAUCAUGUGCUCAGCGGACCUGGACCACUCUCCUGGCUCAACCAGCGGCCCACGAUGCUGCUUGGAUGUGAUGUUACGCAUCCCAGCCCUGGCAGUGUAAAGGGCACGCCAUCAAUAGCCGCUGUCGUUGGGAACAUAGAUGCCAACUUCGUUCAAUACCCUGCCUCCAUGCGUUUACAGGAGACCAAGAAAGAGAUGAUCACUAAACUGUCUGAAAUGGUCAUAGAACGUCUAAUUGCUUACAGACAGAAGACCAACAAACUUCCUGAACGCGUCAUCUUGUUCCGAGAUGGCGUCUCGGAAGGACAAUUCCAGACGGUCCUCCGGGAAGAGUUACCGCAGAUCAGGGAUGCUUUCAGACGUGUAACUCCUCAAGGUCAGGUGUACAAGCCAAAACUGACGAUUGCUGUUGCCGGGAAGAGACACCAUACCCGUUUUUACCCUGUGGAUGAGGCCGGAACGGAUCAACGGAACAACAGCAAUCCCAAAGCGGGAACCGUGGUUGAUCAAGGUGUAACGGGCGUCUACACCUUCGACUUUUUCCUCCAAUCGCACGCUGGUAUCAAGGGUCAAGCGCGGCCUACCCAUUAUACUGUCCUAAUUGACGAGUGUGGUUUCAAAGCGGACGAGCUCCAAACGUUGACUCACGCAUUGAGCUACACCUUUGCACGAGCGACGCGUGGCGUCAGCUUGGUGCCCCCUGCAUUCUAUGCUGAUCUUGCUUGCGAACGCGGACGAUGCUAUCUCCACGAUCUUCUGAAUGGUUUGGACAAUGUUUCUAUUGGUGGAAGCACCAACUCCGAAGAGGCGGCUCGUCAAGUCUAUGAGAAGGCCGAAAAAAUCUGGGGCAACGGCCCCGGUAAUUUUGUCCGCCAGAGGAUGUUUUACAUUUGAUUUUUUCUGAAAGAAUGGUCUUGGAUGCCCUUAUUUAUGCUCGCUCCAAACGAAAAAUUUGUUUAAACCCCUACCAUGUAUCAAAUGUCGGCACGCCACUCUCGCUUGUGUACAGGUUUCACUACGUUGGAGAUUUCAUUGUUGUUGUUAGGAUUCGCAAUUCUGAAUUCAAGAUUAUAUUAUUUCAGCUACCG